AUGGAAAGGGAUACAAACACAGGCUGCACAAAAACCUCGGCCGAGAGCGGAAUCGCUGCCUUCCCGUGUUCCCGUAACCCAGGCAUUCAUGUCCAAGGUGCCAAUGGCCCUCCAGAUAGGCAUCGCCCAGAUUUCCCGGACCCAGGCAUUCAGGCUGCACAAAAACCUCGGCCGAGAGCGGAAUCGCUGUCUUCCCGUGUUCCCGUAACCCAGGCAUUCAUGUCCAAGGUGCCAAUGGCCCUCCAGAUAGGCAUCGCCCAGAUUUCCCGGACCCGGGCAUUCAGGAAAAGAGUCAAGGAUGUCAUCUCUCCAGUUGUAUUUGAAGCAUCAUACAGCCUUGGGGAACAUGCAAUAGAAAGAGGAAAAGAGGACAAGGAACUAACUACUCUGAAGCCCAUUCUUCGCUGGAAGAAAGGACAAAAGAUAGCACAAAGGAAUCAGACUGUUUUUGAGAGGAACUGUCAAUCUGAUGACUGUGCUGCUGAUUUGAAACUUCAGGGUAAAUUAUUGCUAUCAAGUGUUCAUGACAGAACAGCCUACCUGGCGCUGGGAGCAGUGAGAAACAUCUCACUUAACAUUUUCGUCUCCAACACUGGUGAUGAUGCCUAUGACACCAAUGUUUUCUUCAAUUUUUCUGGAGAGCUCUUCUUCAUCAAAAUGUGGCAAAAGGAGGAGCUGGGCAUUGCUUGUGAGUUACUGGAGUCAGAUUUCCUCAAGUGCAGUGUGGGAUUUCCUUUCAUGAGAUCCAAAUCUAGGUAUGAGUUCACUGUGAUCUUUGAUACAAGCCAUUUGACCGGUCAGGAAGAAACACUUACCUUCCUUGUCACUGCCCAAAGUGGAAACCUAGAAUGCACUGAAUGUCUGCAUGAUAAUACUCUAAUCCUGUCUGUGCCCCUGAUGCAUGAGGUGGACUCAUCUAUCAAUGGAGAAGUCUUCCCUACUUCAUUUUUCUACGGUGAUUCUGUGGCAGCUUCCAACUUUGUUCAGCUGGAAAACCAUGAAUGCCUUUUCCAGUCUCUCAACUUCACACUGCAGGUUUACAAUGCUGGACCAAGCACUCUUCCUGGAGCUUUUAUUGAUAUUUCAAUUCCAAACCGCCUCUCUGCCACUGGAGCUGAAAUAUUUCAUAUUCAGCAGAUGAUGGUUGGUCAGGACAAAGGAAGCUGUUCUUUCAAUAGAAACCACAGCCCAUGUGUUGUUCCUCAAGAAAAUGAAAAUAUUUUCCACACAAUAUUUGCUUUUUUCACGAAGUCUGGCAGAAAAGUAUUGGACUGUGAAAGACCAGGCAGAUCUUGUUUAAUUGUACACUGCAACAUAAGCUCACUACCUAAAGCAGAAUCCUGUGAUAUAAAUAUCUACAUGCUGCUGAAUACUGAGAUACUCAAGAAGGACAGUUCAUCAGUCAUCCAGUUUGUCACAAGGGCAAGGCUGCAGGUGGACCAUGACCUCAGAGUUGUGGCCAAUGGGAAUCCAGAAGAAAAAACAGUGGUCUUUGAGGCCUUGCACAAUCUGGAGCCUCGUGGGUAUGUUGUCGGAUGGAUCAUUGCCAUCAGUUUGUUGGUGGGAAUUCUCAUCUUCCUCUUGCUGGCUGUGCUCUUAUGGAAGGCUUUGUAAACCCAGUGGGUUGACAGCUCCUGUAGAAACAGGGUUGCACAAGCUGACAAUCAGGAUUUUAGGAGAAAAACUUAAGACUGCAUAAGUGUCUUUGAAAGAACACUGGUAUUCCCCUACACAGAGUAGUUGCCAUUGCCUCACCUAUUGUUUCAGCAUUCAGAAGAUAUUUGAAGCUAACCAAGCCUAAAGCUAACUUAAAAUUCAUCUA